GCUGAAUAAGAGAGAGAGAGAGAGAAAAGCUAGGGCAAGGGUGACCAAGGUUAUGUCGAGCAUGAGCGCAGUGGCGUCGGCAGGGCAGGAGACAAAGAGCAUGGUGGGUGGGGGACGAGGAGGUGGAGGUAGGGAAGGGGGUAUGGCCAACGGAGGGACGUCGCUGGCGGACGCCCUGUCGCUUAUUGCAGCGAACCAGUACGACACCGAGGCGUGGACCAAGCUGCUAGCCGCCAUCCAGCACCUUUCUGUUGACGACGCCCGCGAGCACUACGAGGCGUUCCUCAAGGUCUUCCCCACCGCUGGCCUGCAAUGGAUGCUGUACGCCAAACAUGAGGUUCGUGGCGGCGAACCGCUGCGGGCCGAGGCUAUCUACGAGCGCGCUCUGCCGAACGUCCUGCACAUGGACCUCUGGCUCUCGUACCUCGAGUACGUGGAGGCGUCUGUGCCGGCGGCGGCGGCGGCGGCGGUGGCCGGGGGCGACGGCGAGGGCGCCGCGAACGAGGAGAGCAGCAAGGCGGCGGCGGCGGCGGCGGCGGCGACGGCGCGGGAAAAGGUUGUGGAGGCGUACGAGUUUGCAGUGGAGCACAUGGGCUUCCACAUUGCGGCGUCGGCCAUCUGGACCAAGUACAUUGCCUUUCUCAAGGCGACGCCGGCGAUGGACGCAGGGCAGGUUGCCCGGCGGAACGAGGCUGUGCGCAAGGCAUACCACCGGGCCAUUGUCUCGCCCUCGCUCGGCAUCGAGGCACUGUGGCAGGGCUACUCGACUUUUGAGAAUGCGCUCAACGUGCAGCUGGCGGCGGCGAUUCUCAACCAGCAUGCGCGGUCGUACAUGGCGGCGCGGUCUGCGCUCGCCGGCAUGCGCAACGCCAUGUCGGGCAUUGCCACGUCAGGCCUCCCGCUGCCGCCGUCGACCUCGCCCAAGGCCAUCAACCUGGUGGCGGCGUACCGGCGGUGGGUGGCGUUCGAGUGCGAGAACCCGCUCUCGCUCGACGAAGCCAUGCUCCAGCGCCGGGUGGCGUUUGCCUAUAACCAGGCGCUUCUCGACCUCUACUACUACUCGGAGCUCUGGUUCGAGGCGCAUGUCUACUUUCGCAACGCCGGCGACGAGGGCCUCGCCACGGCCUUUCUUCAGCGCGGCACGCUGGCGCAGCCGGGCAACCAGCUGCUGGCGUACGCGUACGCGGCGCAUUGCCAGUCGCUCGGAACCGAGGCGGCCCACGCCGCGGCGCGCGACUGCUACGAGGCGCUGCUGAAGGCUACCGACGCGCCGCUGGCGUACAUCCAGUACAUGCGCUUUGCCUGGCGCUGCCUCUCGGAGCGUGCAGCGCGGCAGAUUUUCAAGCGCGCCCGCGCUUCGCCGUCCUGCACCUACCACGUCUACAUUGCCGCCGCGCUUUCUGAGUUCCACUUUACCAAGGACCUCGGCAUUGCUGUCCGCAUCUUUGAGGCCGGCAUGGAAAAGUACGGGACCGAACCCGAGUACGUGCUCGCGUACCUCGACCACCUCACGCAUCUCAAUGACGAGUCUGCGGCACGCUCGGUUUUCGAGCGGUCGCUGGCGGCGAUUCCGUCCGCCAAGGCGAAGCAGGUCUGGGGCGCGUAUGUCCAGUUUGAGUCGAUGCGCGGCGACGUGGGCGCCGUCAACGCACUCCUCGCCCGCCGCGCCGCAGCCGCAGCCGCCGCAGCAGACACGGUCACCGACGCCGAACUUGACGUCCACGAGCCGGACUCGCUCCUCGAGCAGGCCGCGCGGUUCCGGUUCAUGGACCUCUACCCGCUCUCGGCGGCGCAGACGAGCGUCGUCGCCGCCAACGAGGCCGCCAAGGCCGCCGCGUCCAAGGCUGCCGCGUCGCGCUCACGGACGAGGUCACGGGCCGGACGGACCGCCAACCCGGAGCUUGCGCUUGAGCGAUCCAAGCCCAAGCCGCUGACCGGGACCAUGGCUCCGUUCUCGCCGGCCGGCGCCGACACCUCCAAGAUGCCGGUCUGGCUCCAGGAGCUCACCCUCCUCCUCCCGCUGCCGACCAACUUUACUGCGCCGCUCGUCAACGUCCCGUUCCUCGUCAAGACGCUCACCGGCCUUGACGCCGUGCCCAAGGCCGGGCCCAACGCGGCUGUGAUCCCGGGCCGGUCAGCCUCGGGCGCCUCGGCCGGCGCCGCAGCCGUCGUCGCAGCUGCCAAGAAGCGCAAGCGCGCGGCCGGUACCGUCGGUGCUCCGGCUGUCGAGUCGGCCACCCACUCGGAUGUCUUCCGUGCCCGCCAGCUGAAGAAGCUCAAGAAGUAAGCAAGCUAGCAGAUGAUCUGUUUCGUAAAACGGAUACUCGAAGA